GGACUUAUACUGUUAUUUUGGACGAAACGUACACCGCUCAUACAUUCAGUGUGGGCACGACAGAAGGAAGUAACGUUGGAUGUCACGAUUUGUGGUGGUAUUUUUGACAUUUUCAUUUUCGAGAAUGUUGUAAAUUAAAAGCGUUUCCAUCAACUUGCGAACGAGUACUGAUUGAUACAGAUAGUGGAGCGGCAUAAGUUUGUUUUCAUACAGAAAUUUGCUGAGUGUGAAUGCUGACAACCAGGCAGGGAUCGACACUGUCUAUUUCUAAACAUUGUUGCAUUAUUAUUCUUCCAUAAUGGAGUACUAUUUCUAUGUAAUUCUCAUCUUUGCCAUCGUGUUGAAGCUGACCGUCUACCUGUGUUGGUAUCAGGUUAGGCGGAGCUCGGCAACACGCCAAGUACGCAUCAUCUUGCCCGAUGGUACCACUCAAUGCGCUGUCAUCACUGCUAGAGGGCGCUCUCAACAAUCACAUCGUUCAGGAGAAGAAAGACAGAAUUUGCCUCAAGCCGACUUACUUUCCCCGUACGACAACCAAGGAUUGGUGGAAUCUGCCGUCCAGCCUCGCUACACAGACUACCAGAAUCCACAGGGCCAAUUUCAGGGACCCCCGCCGUACGCCAACCAGGAGUGGAAACUACCCAAGUAUGAGGAGGUUGUGGGAAUGCCGCCGCCAUAUGCCACAGAAGUGCCUGAAAUGGCCAGUGCAGUGAUGCCAGGCGACGCCAACCCUCCAACCAGCCAGAGUCAAGUCCAACCCAUGGCACCUACCACAAAUCCAGCACAAGUACCCGUCCCAGUACCCGCCUAUUCCGGCCAGCAAAUGCCCUACGAUGCCCCCCCGUAUUCACCACCUAUGACGUCCGUCACACCGAGACUUCAACCUGGGAUCAGCCCAAAUAACGUCACAGAUGGUCGUAGUGCACCUGCAUAUUUUCCAAGUCCAACUGGUCAGAGUUAGGUGCUUUUUUUGUUCCCUUUCUCUAACAGAAUUAUUUUUCUAAAAGAUUUUGUUGUCCUCAAGGGAAGUCUUAGAAAAAGAAGAAAAAAGUACAUCCUAUUAAUAAUUUUGUCCUGUUUUUUAUUGACGGCAGAAUUUAACGUUUUAAACGACGGCAAUACUUUCUCAAGACCAACUCUAAAGUUUUUAUGAAAUUUAUAUAUGCAACUCACCAAAAAAUUGGUUUUGUGAUUUUUUAGUGUUUGAAAAACAUAAUAGGAGACAACCCAAUAAUGAAAACAAAACCAGUUUUUCUUGAAUCAUGCACGUUUUAAAUGUUUACAUGAAUGAUUAGGAAAUGUUAAGACACAUGUACAAUGUCGAUGAGUUUCUAGUUUGUAUUGAAAUUAUUGAAAUAGAAUGCUGAGCUCAAUCGUCCUCUGUGUCUGCUAUGCAGGCUCUCUAUGUCAGCUAUGGACAUGUUGUGCCAGUACCAUGAGACAUGCAUGUAUGGCAAAGCGAACCAGAUAAACAAGGGGUGUGUCAAAUAUUGUUUCAGUCAGUGAACUUUACAUCGUCAACUUCUUUCCUGGUCAUGGUUGCCAAAACACCACUACUGCAAAACACGCCCCUGUUUUAAAGCUGAAAUUUACCAAAAAUGGCAGCACAUACAGCUGAUGCACACAGGUAACUACAUAAAUAGCUAUCUAGUUAUAUUUCUUUGAUUGAAGAGGAAUUACAUGGAGAUAACAGGUGUGAGUUGCCAGAUGAAAGGGAUGAGUUAUCUAAGCCUCUACUUUCUUCAAUUAGAGCUUUUCCGCAAUGAUAGCCCUCUCUUGGUGAAGACUAGUCAGUCACUAGCAAUAUUUACUUCAUUUUGCAUUGUCAUAGUUUUUGUAUUCAGCGUUUAGUGAGCCAUGGUGUUUAUUUACCCCCGACACCUUGAUACAAAUGCAAUAGCACUAUCGUUUCAAAACAUAGUCAAACAUUUAUUAAAAUUACUGAAAAUGUACUUUUAGCUUCUAGCUUCUUCCGAUCCCACAAAUGUCAGUUUUGUUGGACUCUCUUUGAAAAAAAGGUUUUGCGAUGAUAUGUGCUAAUUGUAUAACUGAUUUUAACAAUUUUUUCCCCCCCAUAAAAGCUCCCUUCCCACACCAACACCCAGUGGACACUGCUCCGUUUGGGUAUCACUUUCCACAUUCAUGGUUGAAUUUUGCAAUUAAUGAAAGCUUAAUUAAAUGUUUUGCUUAAUGAUCAUUUGAGGGAUGCUAGAAUCCUGUGGAACCACUUUUUGGUCUCCAAUUUUAAACAGAAUUUUAAGGUUUAACGGAAUGGAAACAGAGAUCGAGUGUAAUUCAGAAAGAAAGUGCUUAGGAAGCGUAUGGCUGAGAAAUUUUUAACGGGAAUCAGCCAUUGACAGUAUAUAAAUCAUAUGAUCUGCUAAGCGUGAUUUAAGCAUCUUGCUUAAGGACACAUGUGUCAUGACUUGGUUGUAUGGGAUGUUUGAUUUUGUUGUUUUUAUAUUUUUAAUCCUUUGUAUUAUUGCUUAAUGCACUUUCUGUAUAUUCAAUUAUUUUAAUGUAUAUAAUUGUGUUUCAUUUCACUUGGGUAAAUAACUGGAUGUUUUUAAUUGGUUAAUGAAAAGCAAAUUCGAAUUUCCAACCCUCUCUGAUUUUUAAACAAAAAGUUCUUUUAUUGCAAAAGUGGUUAUUGUAGGUGGCUGUUGCGCUUUUGGUCGUUUAAAUACAAGUGCUUUCUAACUUCACAAGUUAAAUUGCAAAAAGAGAAUGAUGCCAAUUGGUUUCCGAAGAGUUUUUUUCUUUUUCAAUUCUCUAUUUUACAAUAUUAACAUUAAAGCCACUGGACACUAUUGGUAAUUGUC